UUCCAUGAUCGAUGGAUGGGAGUGAGACGAGACGACGCGGACAUGAAUGAGCGAGAGAAGAAAGAAAGAAGUAAUCAAUCAAUCACUUUGGUCCGAUUCGUUUCUUAAAAAAAAAAUCUGAAUCUUUUCAAGAACAAAUUAAGAUGGCUAUGGCCGCUUUGAAUCAGCUCUACUAUAACCUCGCCACAAAACCCGAGCCGGAGAAGAUCACUCCCGAAGAGCAAACUGUUAUUCUCUCGUGCCAUCUCAAAGCUUUGUGGACUGCUGGGUUUGCCUCUGGUGUUGGAGGAGGCUUAACUUGGCAAGUGACAAAAAAGUUGAAAGCGCCAAAAGGAUUUGAGAGGGUUGCUCUUGCAGCUGGAGUGGCUGCUGCAACUUUGCUUGUUGCUUGGGAUAGGGCAAGUUCGAAAACUGCAGUUACUUACCUUGAUCGUAUCCUUAGCCAAGAUGCAACACGGAUGCAGAAAGAGCUCGUGAAUGUCUUAGUCAGGUCCAAUGAAGGUGAAGCUUGGAGGUGGCAACUUAUGUCCAAGCAUUUCUACCCGGAAGCUGUUUACGGUGAUGAAGGAGACAAACCUCAAAUGCGCUGGCGGAGAAGAACCACUUUCACUGAAAUUGCCUCUUCUUAUGCUGAUGUCAAUGAAACCAAAUCUCAGAAAAACCACAGUGGCUUACCAAAUCGAGGCAUCUCCAAUGGAUCUGAUGCUUCAAAGACUAAACCAAUGCUCCAAAAUAGUCGGGAUGGCGAGAUGGUGGAAGAAGAUGCGCUUGACAUUGUAUUUGGUGGUACAGAGCCAACAGAGAGCAUUCCUGCGCCAGUUAUUAGUUCAAAGGGUUCAGGAGGCAAAACGCAAACUCGCAAACAGAAAAGAGCUCAACGAAGACAGAGACUUAAAAACCGUGAAGCUUCCACCACAAAUACUCCUCAGUACGAACUUGCAUAGUAGAGAAGACAAAGAAAAACAGUUAUGUCUCUUCUGCUUGAUGUUUAUCACAAUGUAGUAUUUGUUCUAUUUAAGAUCACCUUUAGCUAAUCCAUGGAUCCAAGUUUUUACUUCCAAGUUGUCAUUUUGUGAAGGAUAAUGAUUCUGUAAAAGAAUACAUUUGAUGAUUAUUGAAGUAAUAAAAAUGUUUUCACUGUA